UCAAUAUAGAAGAUCCUCAAGAUUGUUGAUGAAAUCUGCAGAAUCUUGCUUUCCUAAACUAUACAGAUAUCCUAAAGAUUUGCCUCUCAAUCGCCUUCUAUUUAAAGCCCAAUUGCCCUUUUCUUCAAUUUCAUCAUCAUCAUCAUCAUCAUCUUCAUCUCUUAACAUCUUCUGCCUCUUCUACCUUUAUUUUAUAAAAGAAAUAUUUUCAAUACUAUAUCUAUCCAAUUUUCAAUCAUGGGUGUGGCUGCUGGUGAUGCUCAACCUCAGUUUCAUGUUCUUGCUGUUGAUGACAGCGUUAUUGACAGAAAGUUGAUUGAAAAACUCCUUAAAACUUCUUCUUAUCAAGUUACUGCUGUGGACUCUGUGAGUAAGGCCUUGGAAUUCUUGGGGUUGUUGAAUGAAGAAGAUGAUGAGAGAAAUUCAGAAUUUGCUUCUGUCAGUUUGAUUAUUACAGAUUACAGUAUGCCAGGAAUGACCGGCUAUGAUCUUCUCAGAAAAAUCAAGAAUUCUACAUCAUUAAAAGACAUUCCAGUUGUGAUGAUGUCAUCAGAAAAUAUUCCUUCAAGAAUUAACAGAUGUUUGGAGGAAGGAGCUGAAGAAUUCUUUUUGAAGCCAGUUCAAUUAUCAGAUGUAAGCAAGCUUAAGCCUCAUCUCAUGAAGGAAAAAUCAAAGGAGAUUCCCGGCAGAUGUUCCAGCAGUAGUCAACAACAAUGUUUCGGGCCAGCGAGCUCCAUCUGUAUCUAA